UAAUCAAGCAGUACGAAUUGAAUGUUAUCACUGAUUUUUGUUAAUGUUUGUCUUUCUGUUUUCUCCACAGUUACAAGUUAGCUGUCUACAGAUUAGGAAUGAAGGGAGAGUCGAGGAAAGUUAGAGGUCGUAGCAACAUUCCGCAUGAUGAUACCAUCAGCGAAGAUACAGAGACGAAAGAGCGACGAUAUGACGAGGAGGAGGAAGAGGAGUUCCGAGUGUUAACUCUAGAGGAGCAACGAUGUGUCAACGCCAAGCUGUUUUUGAUGCGGGAAGGAAGCGAGGACGGUCAGAACUUGUACAACCAUCUAAGCACCCUUUUGUCACGUGUUCUGGGUGACGAGUCUAACGAAGCUCUGGACAGAUUGGAGACAGACAGCAAGACAUACAAAAGAGAAAGGUUUGCUUACAAGGAACCGUACAUCAAGGACGAUCCGGGAAAGACACCGACUGAAGUUCUAGCACAUGCACAAUGGCGAAUGGUUAAGACCGCUUGUGGUGAUCCAAAGUUCAUACCAAAUGAAAGUUUUGAUUUACCGGACGAGGAUGAAGAUGACAUUUAUCGUCUGAUACCAGACUUGAUGAAACAGGCGCUGUUUUUUGAGCAAGCUGGAGUCGGUCUUCCUAGAGAAGAGUUCAUCCGGAUUUCGGUAGCCAUGAGAGAACUGGUGGAAAACUGGCCUAUCGAAACCUUGAGGUUCUGGGGAAAGAUGAUGGGUACGCGGAAAAAUUACUAUGUCGUUGAGACAGAAUUCAAAGAUGGCGAAUAUGACAGUGAUUUCAGUGACGAAGAGGAAGAGGAUAAGUCAUCGAACGACAAGAUAGAAGAUAGCAUGAUAUUCGAUGAUGAGUCCACGACUGUUACAGAGGAAAUCAAACCCUAUUAUAAGCCGCCACCCAGAAUCCCUUGUGAGAGCCUAGGGACCGGUCUCAACAAGCAUAUAUACUUUGUCUGUAACGAACCUGGAUUACCUUGGACACGCCUUCCACACAUUAACCCUGCACAAAUUGUCGUAGCCAGGAAAAUAAGACAUUUCUUCACUGGGGACCUCAAUGAGCAGAUUGUGAGUCAUCCUCCAUUUCCUGGCCUGGAGAAGAAUUACUUGCGUGCGCAAAUUGCGCGUAUCAGUGCCGCCACAACUGUAUCACCAAUCGGUUAUUUCCGGUUUGACGACAAUGAAGAAGAGGAAGACGCAGAAGAAUCGGGAACAAACGGCAGAAAUAAUUGUAUCAUUGACCAGGAGUUCGAAGGAAUGCCAUUACGGGAUCUUUGUGACCCAACAGGACAAACUUGGUGCCAUCACAUGCAGUCCAUUUUACCUCAGGGUAGAAACACGUGGCAUAACCCGAUGGAGGGGAAGUCAGGCGAGGGAGCUGAAGAAGAUUCUGACGAGGAAGAACGAAACGAACCUGAUGAACCGGAACCGGAAGUAGGCCCGCCAUUAUUGACACCAGCUUCAGAAGAUAAACCGAUAAUUGAUUCGCCGGCGUGGAUAGCCCGGAUUUCCUCACGUCUGGUGCCAGAGUUUGCUGUUGCUGUGUUGCAGUCCAAUACAUGGCCAGGAUCAUGGACUUUUGGUGCAGAGAGGGGGCGAUACUUCACCUCAAUAUACAUUGGUUGGGGACAGAAAAAUCUAGGUGAUGCCUUCGAACCGGAACUGCCGCCAGAUAUUAUGGAUGAGUUUCCCAGUGGACCGGAAAUCACUGAGGCAGACGACCCUUCACCGGAAGAAGAGUCUGCAUUUAAGGCUGCAUUGGCGGACAAAGAGUUUGAUGCUGAGUUUGGCGAAGAUCAAGGAGAAGAGGAGACCUCGGAUGUGGACGAUUAACUCCAAGAGGUUCCGUUGUAGAAGGAUUGUGGAUGGAAAUUGACUUUGUAAACAAAAUAAGCUGUUUGAAAAUAAUAAAAGUUAAAAAUAUUUUUUGUUUGCAAACAAGAUGUUUGUAUUCUUCCUAAUAUAUAUAUAUUUCGAUGUUUUGACUCUAUUGUCGGUAAAAUAAAAUUUAAAA